AUGGUGCCGGCAUUGUUUGCUGAUGAUGAGAAGGAAUCGUUGAUAUCGGGGAUAAGGAGUAAAGCGAAGGCUGAAGGAGUUAACCAUAUAAGAUCUCAAUUGCAUAUGGUAUUGGCAAUGAGCCCAGCCGGGAGCGCUCUUAGAGUUCGCUGUAGAAACUUCCCUGGUCUGGUCACGUGUACGACAAUCGACUGGUUCGAGCCGUGGCCGAAUGACGCUCUCUUGGCAGUGGCAACUCAGUUGUUGGCAGAGUGUGAUAUUCCUGCUGAGAACAGGGAGGAUAUUAAUCACUUCAUAUGCGAAGCCCAUCUGUCGGUGACCACCAAGUACAGUCCGGAUUUUGAGGCUAAAUUUAAGAGGCGUAAUUUCGCUACGCCGAAGAACUAUCUGGAUUUCCUCUCGGGAUACGAAGACCUUCUCGCUAAGAAUCGUAAGACGAUCGUCGCUCAAACUCAGCGAUUGGGAGGAGGGUUGGACAAACUGGUACAAGCAGCAGAGCAAGUGACAAUUAUGAGUAAGGAUUUAGCGGCGAAGAAAGUGAUAGUGGAUGAGAAGGCGUUGGCGGUUGGUACGUUGAUUGAGGAAAUCAAUGAGAAAUCGAUGACGGUUUCGAAGCAUCAAAAGGUGGCUAAUGAGCAGGCUAAGCAAAUUGCUGAUGAUAAUGUCAUCAUCCAACGGGAGAAGGAAGAUGCUGAUACAGCACUAGCUGAAGCGCUACCUGCACUUGAAAUGGCAGCCAAGGCUUUGGAAGAAUUGGAUAAGAAAGAUAUCACAGAAAUAAAAUCGAUGGCGAGCCCACCGGCACCGGUCAUGACUGUGUGUCAAUGUGUGCUCAUUUUGAGGCCUCUGGGGAGGGAGGAUGAAAAUGGAGGUAGCGAGUUAACUGAACUGGAUCUUGCGGUAACAUCAACAGUUGACCUG